CCACCUUGUUUCUGAGAUUUUUGCUCUCACUUUUAGUAUCUCCAGCAAACACAAGGUUACUCUCUCUUUCCAGUGUUUAGUAGAACUGCAGAAGAAUAGUUUAAUAAAUCAUGGAAGAGAGAAGUGAUUGUGAGAAGCUUGAUGAAGUCAUGCUUCCAGGUUUCAGAUUUCACCCAACUGAUGAGGAGCUUGUUGGGUUCUAUCUCAAGAGAAAGAUUCAGCAGAGACCUCUCUCUAUAGAGCUCAUAAAGCAGCUUGAUAUCUAUAAAUAUGACCCAUGGGAUCUUCCAAAGUUGGCAAGUACAUGUGAGAAAGAGUGGUAUUUUUACUGUCCUAGAGACAGAAAAUACAGAAACAGUGCACGGCCAAAUAGGGUAACUGGAGCUGGGUUCUGGAAAGCCACAGGUACUGAUAGGCCCAUAUACUCCUCUGAGGGCUCAAAGUGCAUUGGAUUGAAGAAAUCUCUUGUCUUCUACAAAGGAAGAGCUGCCAAAGGAAUCAAAACUGACUGGAUGAUGCAUGAGUUCAGAUUACCUUCUCUUUCAGACUCUUCCUCUUCACCAAAAAAGUUCUCAGAAAGAACCAUCCCUGCUAAUGAUUCGUGGGCAAUCUGCAGAAUAUUCAAGAAAACAAACUCUACAGCCCAAAGAGCUGUCUCCCAUUCCUGGGUCUCUCCCUUACCUAAUGAAAUGAACACUUGUGAGGUGCUAACCAAAGACGAAGACGCUUCCAAGUUUUGUUCAAAUCAUAAUAACAUUUCGUCUUUGACAAAGAAAACUAGCUUACCCAGCCAGUUCUGUACCAACACAAUCGACCCCUUAACCUCCAACACCAGUAGUGUUCAUUGCCCUUUAGAUGUUACCCCGUACAAACCCAUCAUUAACCCAUUAUUGCUCUACAAACCCUUUGACCAAUUACCCAUCAUGUCAUUAAAUAACUCAGACCUUAUGUUUUCAUCAUCACCUCUUGAACCAUGCAGUGCUAAAGCUGCCACCAUGGACAUUCCCUCCAUGUUACUGAACAUGUCAUCAUCUUCUGUGCUUGGAGAAUUUGGCAGUAAGGCUUCAUUAGAGGCUGCAAAUUUUGCAGGGUUUCAAGAACAGUACAGCACUACUACUGGGUAUUCAUCAUCAAUAGCUCUACCGGUAAUCCAAGAUCGGAAUGGAUUGGUGAAGAUGAAUCACCCGCAUUCUAAUAUGAACGUGAAUGUGGUGAUCCCUAGAGUGUUGGAGGAGCCAGAUCAGAUAAAUAUGCACGAGGCAUGGAAGUCAAAUCUGCUAUGGGAGAGUUCAUCCUGUCCUUGAGAUCAUGUGCCCUCUACUUACUCUACAACCAAGUGCUAUACCUAGGAGAGUCAACUUUAUUAUUAUAUACAUAUAUUUUUAGAAGUCAUUGUUUUUCUAGCUAGCUUCUAGGUAGUAGUGCAGUCAGUCUGACCUUUUUUUGCCCCUUAGAUUUCUG